CCGCCAUGAUUGUUGUGUUUUUCAGGUAGCUCUGCGUGUCCGUUGUGUCGUCGGGGUCUUUUUUAAGUAGCUGGUCAAAAAAAGUUAGUUUUUUUUCUGUACUUUUAUUUUUUUAAAGGAGAAGAACAAGAUCCCUGACCAUGGAGUCUAAAUUUUCUCACCUGCGACAGCGGGACACUAGUGUGUCGAUGCUGAGAGUAAAGAUGUCCCGCAGAAGGUCUCAGACCCAGAAGGAAAACCGAGAGCGAGCCGUGAACACACGCAGGCAGCUGGAAAAGCUCCAAGAGCUGGAAAUGUCUUCUCUGGAUGCCUCCAUCGCAGUGGCCAACAUGUCGACCGUUCUCGAGAGGACACAGAACAAAGCAAAUCCUGCUAAAGUUAAGGCUGGAGAAGAGCGGGUGAAACAGCUUGAGCGCUGGAAAGAGCGAAAGGCCCUUGAGAAAGAGAAGGAAAAGAGAGAAAGGGAGCGUAAAGGUGUAUUUAAGACUGGCUUGUAUCAUGCAAAGGACACCAUUAUUCCUGUCUCACUGCCUGCUGUCCCAGCGGCCUCAACCAGAGCUAAAGAGAAAAAGGCCAACGUGGCUCUAUCUCAGAGUACCAGAGUGACCCGUUCAAUGAAACAGCAGCAGCCAGUGCAGAAGCCUCUGAAGCUACAGGAUCCAAAUACUGUGACAAAAAGAGUACAACCUGCUGUGGAAAGAUCAACCAGGACCCGGGUAGCUUCUGUCAAACCUGCAGCUACAACCAAGACCAAAGUUUGUGCAGUGGACCCUGUCCCACGAGCUCUGUCGACCAGAUCGGCCAACAGGCCUCCUGUUCUAGCAGCUCCUGUGAUGAAAGACAAAGCGAAGGACAAGCCUGCAGGUGUAAGAACGACAAGGAGCAAACCAAAUGGUAAACCUGUGGCUCCCCCAUCUGGUGGUGAAAGGAACUGUAAAGCAACUGUCGGCAACUCCAGCCACCCUGCUGUCUCAGAGGAGCCCAAACUGAAGGAGCCUCAGGUGGAGGAGCCUCAGGUGGAGGAGCCUCAGGUGGAGGAGCCUCAGGUGGAGGAGAUUCAGGUGGAGGAGCCUCUGGUGGAGGAGCCUCAGGUGGAGGAGCCAGAGAAGAAGCCUCCCAGCCCAGCACCCUGCUCUGAGGAGGAAGACAUGGUGGUGGACGAAGCUCCAGCCGAUGCAGCUCCUGCUGUGGAUGCCGUUGAGGCUCCGUCCUCUUUGUCUUCAUUUGCUCCCAAAGGUUUUGUCUUCCAGGCUCCCGCUGGCUUGUCAUCCUUCAAGUUCGAUCCUCUCACUCCUCGCUCAGCGGACGCCUUCCUCACACCGAGCUCCAGCUUCAAUCUUCCACCAGCCCCCGUGUUCAGUGUUGAGCCUCAAACUGAGCUGAGCGAACCGUCUCCCCCUAAAUCCCCUCGACGCUCCCCUCCUUGUGCGUCUCCACCAGCGGUCCUUCCAACUCCAGGAAGUCCACUGGAAUCAAAGCAUGAUGUACCAUACUUCAGAUCGGAAAUUGCUAAUGAGACAGACAGACUGACGACUCUGUGUGUCCAGUGGGAGGCUAAAGUGGAGGAUGAGUCCAUCCCAGAAGAGAUGAGGGACCGUAUGCGCACAGCGGUUGGCCAAGCAAGGCUGCUGAUGAAAGAGCGUUUCAAACAGUUCAGCGGUCUCGUAGACGACUGCGAGUUCAGCCGAGGGGAGAAGGUCACCACCUGCACUGACUUGCAGGGAUUCUGGGACAUGGUUUAUUACCAGGUUGAGGACGUCAACAAGAAGUUUGAUGCUCUUAAAGAAGCAGAGGGUCGAGGUUGGGUGGAGGAGUACAAACCUCCACCACGACAGAGGAAAGCAGUAAAGAAACCACAAGCUGCACCUGCCAAGGCAACAGGAACCAACGCUGCAGCCAAGUCUCGUCUGGCUGCCGUUAAAGCAGCAAUGAAAGCCAAACAGCAGGCAGCUGAGGCGGAGAAAGCAGCCAAAGAUGCUGCUAACGCUGAGGACAACCCCGUCCUGAGCUCUCAGGAACCACAAACCCAAGCAAUGGCUCAAACACUGGACACAGUGGUCUUCGAUGGAGGCUUUUUCCAGGUGGAGAGUCCAGCCAAAGCAUCAGGUUCAGUUAGGAGAUCCAGCCGUCUCAGUGCUGCUGUGCUACCUCAGGCCUCUCCCUGCCCCACGUAUCUCUCACCCAGAAGAGCCACUCGACGAUCCCUUGCAUUGGCUCAGACUCCUGUUCAUGCUUCUCCUGCUCAGCCCAUCCAAACUCCUGUGCACCUCCGCCUUUCUCUGGAGGAAACCCCAGCACCAAAGUCUCAGCGUGGCACUCCUCAGCUGUCCCAGAGCAGAAGGGACGCUGUGAACACCUCUCUUUGUUUCUCACCUCUCAGGGAAGUGCUUUCAGAUGACAACCAGCCUGAAGGAAACUCUGCAAAACAGUCAGAAACAGUCUCCACACAGGAAGACACUGCUUCUGUUCCUGAGCCGGGCAUGCCCACACAUUUGCUUCCAACUAUUGCUGUAGUCGAGGAGAACGACACACCAGCUGAAGCCAUCAAUGAGGACAUCCCUCUUUCUCCAAGGCUUUCCCUCUCUCCAUGCAAAACACCUCCUCCCGUCUCCCAAGCUCCUGAGCCUUCUUCAGCUCUGAGUUUCAUGCUGACACCUUGUGUAACUCCAGGCCAGCCUCCAAUCUCUUCCCCCAACAUCAUCUCCUCUCCUGCUGUGCAGGGCCCUGUGGAGACCCACCAGUCUGUGUGUCACACACCAGAAAGCUCAAUUGUUGAGGAAAUUCCUGGGUUAGACUUUGAACGUUACCUCCAGCCUUCCCUGAGAGGCAGCCUGUCACCGAGGGAGACAGUUGCCACGGAGACAUCAUCACCCAUGGCAGUAGAUGUAGAGAUGGAGAGUCCCAGAGGUGCGACCGAGGACCUGCUUACUCAGCAAGAGCCAGCACUGCCAGCGGUGUCUUCGGUGUUAUCUCUUCAGUCACCACAGGUCCAGACAGCAGAGUCUGCCCUGCUUCUCUUCACCCCGGACAUGAAGGACAGGAUACGCCAGUCCGUCUGUCCGAGUGACCUCAUGGUCUUCACCCCUCCUAACAUGUAGCCCAGAGAUUGUUUCUAAAAUGUUUUAAAAUGUUGAUGUAUAUUUACAACCAUUGUUACUCCUUUUAAAAAUAUGAAUCAUUUUUACUUUAAUUGUAGAUUACAAGAAAAUAGUUUUGCCUAACAAAAAAUUCUUAUUAAAGUUCUAGUCACAACCAGGAAA